AUGGGUCUCUUCAAGAAGUUCCGCUCAGACGAAAAGGCCGCUCCCCAGCCGGCCCCAGGCCCCAAGUCUUCCCUGAAUCUGGACUCCCUGGGUGACGUCUCUGAGUUCUCUCUGGCCACCUCCCAGCUGUCCCACCUGUCUCAGGACACUAAACGCCAUCUGGACCUCCUACCCAGGAAACCCGUGGCCGCCUCCCAGCUCAACCGCCACCUGCUCCAGCCCAGACUGCUCCAGCCCCAGCUGUUCCACAGUCCUCCCCAGAACCCAGCCACGGUCCAGCAGCACCUGAUCCACCAACACCAUCCACUGCAUCAUGCCCCAGGAUCCCAUGGAGCCCACGCCCCGGCUCACCGCUCAAUGUCCCUGAACAGCUUAUCCGCAUACGGCGCCCAGAUCAACAUGCCACAGCCCGUCCAGAACUUCUCCGAGGGCUACUCCCAGAUCCCCCGCCGCCAGUCCCAGGGCUUCGGCUCCCAGGAGCUCCUCCAUGACAACGGCGGUCGCUUGACCCCGGCAAGAAGCAGAGAGUCCCCGCUGGCCCAGAACCGCCAGGUGUCCUCGACUGUGCCUAGCAGCCCGGCUGCACCUAACCGUCCGGCCCGGGUGUCCCACCUGGCCUCCACAUCCAUGCUGUACGCUGCUCCUGCCGCCUACGCCGACGACUCGUAUACGCUGGCGUCGCUGGCGGAUGCGUCGCUGGGGCUGGAGGACGAAAGACACCCGUACUACGACCAGUGGAAGCAGUACUACGCUGCCAUGGCCAACUACAAGGGGCCCCGCACGGGCUCCAACGCCAACUUGGCCGGAAACGCCAAUGUCGUGAGCAACGCCAGCUCCGGCAUCAACAACGUGAUCAGCGCCUACUCCUCCAGCAUCCCGUACUCCCGCUCCUCCUCGGCUAAUAACGUGCACCACUCUUACACAAACUUGCCUAGCGCCGCUGGCAACGGUGCAGGCAGCGGGUUGGUCAGAAACUCCCGCAUGUCCACGCUCAAGCUGAACCGCCUGUCGCUGGUGCCUUCUCUCGCUCACGCCGAGCAGCGUCCUACACCCAGGGCGGUGUCCAUGAACGUUGUGGCGCCCGAAGGCCCGGAAAUCGACGAAGAGGCUGUGGUGGACGACCCUCCGGUGCCCUCAAUGGUGGGCUCUACGAGCCAGGCGUUCGAGAGGCCUCCUCCAAUCAACACCGGCUCGAACUGGUCUGCAUCCACCGACCUGACUGCUCUGGACCUCCUGGAGCCUCUGCCAGGCAAAUCCAUGGCUCGUGAAGACUCGGCCAUAUCCGACUAUGGUAAGUACCUCUUCAACAGCACCAUGGACCUGGCUGACGAGGAAAUUGAUCCCGGCGUCCAUGCUGCCAUCAUAGCUGCCAAUGAGGCUCCUCCUGCUCCUCCUGCUGAGGCACCCUCUCGUAACGAUUCUACUACGUCUCGUUCGUCGUACAAUUCGUUGCAGAGCGAGCUGAACUUCAGCGUCGGCCGCAAGCCUACUAGAAUCGCUCCCCAGACAGAGCAGCAGAGGACCUUGUCCCGCCGGAGCCAGAAGGAGCGCCGCCAGAGCAACUUCGUUCCUCCAAUGCCCGGUCCUCCUCCACCCAUCUUCCCCGGAAGUAUGCCUCCUCUGCCUUCGCAUGUGCCUUACGGCUAUCCAAGCAAUGAAAACGUGCCGGACGGUGCUGCUGCUUUCCAACUCCAUCAGAUGCAGCAGCAAAUCCAGCAACUUCAACAGCUCCAGCAGCAGAUGCAAAUGUACGGGGGAAACCCACGCCACAGCAGGAUCUCGGUGUCGCCGCAGCCGGCACCUCCUCGCUCGCUGGACCCCACCAUCAACGCUAAGAUUGAAGAGUUCGUGGCGCUUCGUCAGACCAUUGCCGCAGGCCACAAGACUUUCGACUUCCGUUUACGUUGGGCCAAGAUGUUGAUCCAGGCGGUGAACUACAAGCUCUAUGCUUACAUCAACAUCAAGGGUGAUAGCAUUCCAUCAGAGCAAGCCGCUAUGAACAAGCUCACGUUUGUCAAGCUGGCCGUGACUCAUUUGCAGAAAAUGUUGAAGGAGCUCGAUGUGGAGCAACACACCCCUCAGGAUCGCCGUAUCUUUGCUGAGGUGUGCUACAUCCAUGGCUGCUUGCUCAUGCAUGACUUUGUGCCAAAGUUCGAGCAAGACUUCAACAUUCAGCAGGACAAGGACGAGGCUGACCGCUUCUUCCGCAAGUGCUUGGAGCUCAACCCACUUUUUUUCCGUGCCCACUACAAGUUGGCCAAUCUCUUCGAGGAAGAUCAAACCGAGGAGAGUUUCGACACUGCAUUAUAUCAUUACACUCAGGCUGCUAAGUUAGGUUACAACCGCGCCAUCUACCAAGUGGCCUUGAUCUACUUGACGGUGCCCAAGGUGCGCCUGAUCAAGUUCUUCAAGUACUUGAAGAGUCUUUCUGACAUUGACAUGGAUUCUAAGGAUAUCAAGUUGAGCCCAGAGGACCGUGAUGAGCUUGAGGAGAUCUCCGGCUUGGCCUCGUUCCAGUUGGCGAAGAUCUACGAGGGCAUCUACCCUGGUGACUUGACUCAAGACGACGAGUUCGUCAAGCAGUCUUUAGAAAUCGCUCCUGUCAACUACGCAAAGAGUUUGAGCUACUACAACAGAGCUGCUAGGCUUCAUUGUCUCCAGGCACAGGUUCGUUUGGGACACAUCUACGAGAAUGGUGACUUGAACAGAAAAUACAACCCCAACAAAUCCAUCCAAUGGUUCAUCAAGGCGGCUACCUCGCCGUUGAAGUUCAAGCGUCAUCCUGAAGCAAUGCUAGGCCUUAGCAGAUGGUUCAUGAUCGGCACAGACGGUCUGAGCAAGCAUAUACCAUAUCCUGACCCACAGGGCGCCUUCAUGUGGGUCGACAGAGCGUGCAAGGAGUUCAGCUUCCCCGAAGCCUUCUACGCUAUGGGUCAAUUAGCCGAGCAGGGUCUUGCGCAAGGUGAUCCAUUGGAAUGGUAUCAGGAAUCAUACAACAGGGGUUUUGUUGAAGCAGCGACCAAGUUGCCUGGAUACGUGCCACCAGAGGUUCCCGAGGAGGAAUACCCAGAGGAUGUUCCUGAGGGCGCUGAUAGUGACGCACAAGAGGGAAUGCCAAUCCCGGACCAGGCUGCUCUUGAUCAGGUUGCUCCAGGUGAGACUGGUCACAAUGUGAGUUUCGCUGCUGCACCAGAAGCCGUUCACUAA